AUGGCUACAUCUACUCAGAUUCUGUUGAGCCCACAAACAGCAGGUGUUUUCCACACCUCAGGGCUAAGCCCCGCUUCUGCGCAAGCAGUCAGCGAGGUUCUACAGCACGACAUGGAGAACCAUCAUAUCUAUCUGAACAACAUCGAGUUCCACAAUCACAUUGUCCAUUUUAUGCUCACCGUCUGGGCGUUGGGGGCCUCGCCCGAAACAAUUCGCGCCCAAUAUCACCGCGAACACAUACGUCAGCGACAAGCGAUGCAGAGCCAGCCGGAAAAGGUUCAAGCAUUCAAGAAUAAACAAGUCAUGCUCGAACACAUGUACCGAGAGGAAAACUAUGCAAGCUUUCUGGUCUUUUUCCAAGGAGAGAUUGGAGAAAGGGGAAUCAAUGCUGUACUGAACGAGUAUCUGUUCCAGGGCGAUGAGCUUGCCGAAUCACUUCUUUCAAGGAUGUUCUCCGGUCUUGUUCAUCCUAUCAUUCAUCUAGGCUUUGGCAUUGAGUUUGACCAGCCAGCUAUAGUCGCUCAAGCUCUCGCUCAAGCUUCCGUGCACCAGGACUACCUAGGCCGUGCGUUCUUCUCUCCUGCGGCGAAGAAAGCGGCUACCAGCCAAGCGCCGACAGGAUCCGAUAGUACCCUCGUCGAUAUAAUGGAGUCCAUGGGUGCUGACGAUACCAUUAGAAACGGCGCGAAAUAUGGGGACACUGAUGUGUUCACUGAGGGGCUUCUCAAAAGAGUACCAAAUGAACUCAUCGACUAUUGUAGUCGUUGGACUGUCGCAGAAGACCAAGUCGACGACAAAUACAUCGAGAUGAUCAAUACAGCUAUCUACUGGACUGCUACCGCGCAAAACCCCCACAAACAACUCAAAUUCGACUUCUUCUUCAUUCACGCUGUUAAUCUUUGCAUCGUUAUGAAGUCAAUUCUCGAUCUCCCAAUUCUCUCGGCGGCUAACAGGGCCCGUCUGCUUGAGAUGAAAGGUCGAGUCGAUCUGCUAAUAUGGGCUUCUCGCAAAAUGCCCACACCUCAGGACACGGAUGUCCAUACCUACCCUAUCCGAUUAGGCUGGCCGGAAGUGUUCGAAAGAUCAUACAAUCAUCCUACAGACGAUGGGCAUCUAGCCAAGUUCGUGCGCACACUGGCGUAUGCGCAGGAGUUGUGCGUGCCAUACGAAGGAGAAGCGAAGCAGAGAGGCCUUAAAGUUACCGGUGAUAUGUGGCUUAAAAUUGGAAAUAUGGCUGUCGAUACGGCGGGAAAGAAAUUCGAGGACAUAUGGGUGCGCGGAGCGGGCUUCGACGAGCCGUGGGACAAGUUUGACCGUAGAAACUAG